AAUACGUACAAUGUAACUAUAUGCAACGAACUUAUUACUAAUGGCCGCACAUUUUAUUAACUCAUAACAUAUAGAAGUGGAUCGAUUGCUUGAAUAUGCGUAAGUGCAGGAAUUACGAAACAUCCUAUAGUCUUCGCGACCGGCGGUCAACCGAGAAAGAAUAUUCGCAUUCGCGACUGUCCGUGGUAACGCGAAAUAUUCAAUCAGUUUUAUCGCCGCUCUUGUCCAUCAGUUAUGUGUGCAGAUUAAAGAUUGCGGACUUUCCCAUGGGACGUCCGUGACCGUGCUUUAGUAUUCUUUACAUUUUGCUGUAGUUGGUUUACUGCUUCUUCAUGGUAGGCAGACUGAUGCCUUACAUACCUGAUUAUCCCUCCGAAUAUCAAAUUUACGUUUCGUUGAACAUGUUCAUGACCCUAUUAUUAAUGCUCCUCGGAGUGUAUCAUGAUAAGGAACGUUAAAAGAACGUUAGCAUUAACAACACGAUAUCGAUUCUAUGCGAAAUACACAAUCUUUAAGGAGUAUGGAGUAAGUAAAUUUGAAAUUAUUGAUUUAUAGAUUUUCGUACGGUAUUAAUGCAGUAGAAGAAUUUGUGAUCAAAGGAGAGAAAAUUAUUCUGCAUAUUCAUACAAAAAAUAUGAUUAACACAUUCACCGCCAAACGUAAUUUUUGUAAUUGAUUUUUCCUUCACGCUACAACUGGGUUAUUAAAGUUUAUCGUAACAUAUUUAUGUAAUCAUAUCCAUAAUUUUAAUAAAUAAAAAGAUUCAAUUUUCUUUACAAAUACACUUUGUUUGUUAUGCCUUUCUGUUAUUAUUAAACAACCAUUAUCUUGAAAAUGUAAAUAAUUGCAUGUUAUAUCAGUAUUUACGUAUUUUAAUGCAUUUAUUGCAUGUCAAUCAUCAGUGACCGUUACGAUAUUAAACGUGUUAAGAAAUUUCUUUUCACAAGAUAUAUAAAAUUUAGAACAAUUAUUAUCCAAGCAACAUGUUUAUAAUUUUCAUCAUGUAUCUUCAAACAUUAACUAUAUUAUUGUAUGAAGCGUAUACAGUUUAAAACAUUGAAUAAACAUUAUUUGUUUAUUGUAUUAUCCUUUUAUAUAAGAAAUUCAGAAAUUGAAGAGGUUUGCUGUUAGACAAUACACUGAAAAAUCUCGGGACAAGAAUGGAUUGUCAAAAAUGAAAAAGAAGAAUAGUAUGGCUCGUUUUAGGAUAGUUCGUGGUAAAUUUUGUUACUAAAUUGUAACGAUUACACUGGUUUACAGCCAAAAAUAAUUUUAAACCAGACAACGUGUUUGUUAUAGAUUUUUGGGUGCUGAAAACGAUACCGCAAACUACAUUUUAUCAGCACGUCAGGUUUCCAACAUAAUUAAGGUUUAAUGUGUAAAAAACUUUGCGAUAUUUGAGAUUUUUUAAAUUUUAUUUUUAUGUUAAUUUCUUUCCUCUUCCUUAUCCUCAUCUUUUUAUGCAAAUUAUUCUUUUCAUAAAAGUAAUUUUAUACAUUUUGUUAUACAGAAAAAGUAGUUACUUUGAAAAUAACAGCGUUAGUAAUAAAGAAAAGUAAUUUGAUUUCUCUCCUAUUUACAAUACAUUAAUAAGUACCGGACAUAAUUUAAUGAUAAUUGGAUGUUGAAAGUAUCAAAAGAAAUGAGCGAAUAUAGUUAUUUAAUUAAUUAACAAAUUGCGAAUUGCUUGACGAGCUCAUUAAUGCCUCGUGCAUCACUUAUGCGUAUCUGUUGUAUAAUAAGUAUCAUCGUGCUCAUUUAUCAAAGAUACACGUUAUACAUCAUUAACUCGCUAUUAAAUUCAGUUUUUGUUACAUAAUAAUUAUUACCUGAAUAUUGCGUCAGUUGACGUAUUUUCGUAAAUCUGGGUUAUAAAUUCGUAGCAAAAGAUGCUGUUGAUGUGAUUGACGUGAGUAACAUAAAAAUACAAUGACAUCAGUAUAAAAGAGUCUUUAUAAAAAAAAGAAAAACAUUAUUCAAAAUCUGUGUAGUAAACAUUUAAAGUUAUGGGCAAAAUAUAUGCUUCAUUCAGUCAUGAAUAAUAAAAAAUCUAAAAAAUCACGUAAAGGACGCAUUGUUCCGAAAGUCGAUAACAAACCUCCAUAUUUCCCUGUAUCUGCUUACUUAAAAGCAUUUAAAUUGCAACAAGAUGCUGUACGAGUCAGAAAUAUAGAUAAGGAAAAUAUAAAGCUAUUAAAGAAAUUAAACAUCGUUUAUCGAUUAGGGGGACAUGUAGAUUGCUGGGCACCAGAUUUUAAGUACAAGACGAGCUUUGACGAUCAAGAUCGUAGAAACAAUGUAAUCAUGCGGGAAAACAAAGUUAUGCUGAAGAAAAUACGUCAAGCGGAAAGUCAAUAUCCUGCUCGUGUGUUUUUGAAGCAGUGGAGAAGUACUCACGAAGCGGUAGAACACCGUGCAAGGUUACCAAUUAAUAUUUCUAACACAAAACAAAGGAUUCUGUACACGUCCAUAAAAUCUCUGAUAAUUUUCACAUCACACAGAUUCGUCUCAAUAAUCGAGAGACUGUCCACAGCGUUAGAUGUGCGCAAGCAACUAGCUGAGAAGAGUCAAACAAAAUGUUUCUUCGACGUCGGGAUCAAAGGAGAAAAUCUGAACUUUGGUCGCAUAGUAUUCGAGCUGUACGACAGCAUAGUGCCACGCACGUGCGAGAAUUUCGCAGCCUUUUGCCGCGGAACAAACGGAUUGUCGUAUAAGAACACUCCCUUUCAUCGUAUCGUUUCCGGCUACUGGUGCCAAGGAGGAGACGUGACAAAGUUCGACGGUACCGGCGGUACCUCUAUAUAUGGCAACUCGUUUGAGAAAGAGAACUUCCAACUGCGCCAUACAGGACCUGGUGUCCUAUCUAUGUGCAACAACGAGAACGAUAGAAACGACUCCAAGUUUAAUCUUACGUUUAGACGUUUGGAAACCAUGGACGAAAAUAACGUAGUCUUCGGUCAGGUGAUCGGUGGAAUGACAAACAUUUACAAGAUCGAGGAAUUCGGUACGAAGACCGGAAAGCCAAUAAAAUCGGUGAUCGUAUUAAAUUGCGGAAUUCUAUCGAAGCGUGAGCAUGAAAAGCUGUCCAAGCUCCAAAUAUGAACUGAUCAUAUUAUCUGCACGGAUGAAAAUAUCAUUUAUCGCAUAAUCUGAUUGCGUAUCAUUAAUUAUGACCUGCGCAUUGUUCUGCCACAAAACCACGAUUACAUAAAUGAAGGAAUAAAUAAUAAGCGAUUAAAGAUUCAGUAAAGUAUUCUACAUCGUUGUAAAUGUUGUAUCCUUUUAAUUAUCGUAGUAGAUAGUAACUAUAACGUUACAACAGAAUACGCUAAUGUACUAAUUUUACUGAUUCAGAUUUAAUAAAAAUAUGAUAAAGUAAAAGCUCUUGUAAAAUUUAAAAUUUAUUUUAUUUUAUAAUAUAACAUAUCUGUGUUGAGUGCUAAUCACAAUAGAUCUCUCUAAUUACUUAAUCGUGUACUGAAAAUGAAAAAUAUUACAAUAGAACCUAGACUAUAUCUCGAUUAGACGGAAGGCAAGAUUGGAUAAUCAGUUUCUUCGGAUAAUGCUAUGUAACUGAUGCCAGGAACGAUUAUAAAUCAAAAUGAAUUGACAGUUUAUUGUACAAAUUCUGUAGAAAGCAUAAAA